UGCUGCUGACCAUGGAUGUACUGGUGCUUGGUGCUGUUGUGGUGGUGUUGACAGUUGUGGUGUAUUUACUCGCCACUUUGGGCACAAAAGAAACCCCUUAUGAAGAAGCUCUUGCUGAACAACGUCAGAAGCAGGAACAGGAACAGAUUGCACUAGCAAAGAGUGACAGGCAACAAAAGUACAAAAAUACCAAGCAAAAGAAGCCAAAGGCCAGGAAGGAUGACUUUGAGCAGAAUGGACCAGCAUCAGCAACAAAAGUUGAGGAGAUAGCUACAGAACCAGACACCACACCACCUUCUACAGAACCCGAGGCUUCUCCCCAACCCCAGCAGGAAAAGAAGAAGAAAAAGAAGAAAGACAAGGAAGAUGAUGAAACUCCUCGUAAGAUUGUUGUGGAGGAGGUAACUGAAACCAUUGUGACAAAGGCUGAGGCUGUGAAAGUAGAGGCCACAAAGGGGGGGAAGUCCUCUAAGCCAGAAGCAGCCAAGUCCUCACAGACGAAGGCUGAAAGCCCGAAGGCUGAUUCUGUGAAGGUGGAAUCUACUAAAGGAAAGACUUCCAAGGUAGAGGCAUCCAAGUCAGACCAAGCUAAAGCUGAAAGCCCAAAAGUUGAGUCUGGUAAGUCAAAGGCUGCCAAGGCAGAGGCUGCCAAGACUGAAACUGCUAAGACUGAAGCUGCCAAGGCUGAACCAGCCAAAGGAAAGGCAGCAAAGACUGAUGUAGGAAAAGCUGAAGCAGCAAAGAUUACCAAGGCCAAGGAAACCAAGACAGAGGCAGCCAAGACAGAGGCUGCAAAGACCAAGGCCGCUCCAGAAUCCACCCCUCCUCCUCAGGGAAAGGAAAACAAGAAGGAAAAAGUUGUAACACCUGUAACCCGCCCUAAGGUUGAAGACAAUUUUGAGGUUGUAGAUGGAAGUUUGAACUCGACAGGAAAGGCUACACCAACUCAAGAAAAGAAGAAGAAAAAAGAGAAACAGAAGACUGAUAUGCCUGCUCCAAAAGAAAGCAGAAUUCUACCCCUUGUGCAAGAUGCUCACCUGAGCAGUGGAGAGAUUCAAACUUUGAUUGACAUUCUGCUGAACAAGCAGCAGCAGAACAAUGCUGGUGGUGAAUGGGUUGAGAAGGGACGUGUCGAUCCCACAACUCAGCUUCGACGACAGUUGGAGGAAGUGGAAACCCGCUUGAGGGAGAAGGAUGAAGCUCACUCUGCACUGUCAGCCAAGAUUACUGCUCUCCGUACGGAGCUGAAUUGUGAGCGUUCUCGGGCAGUGAAACUGAAAGCUCAGUUGGAUGACACUGUAGCAAAUCAUUCACGUGAGCUUGAAACUGCAAAUGCAAAUGCCCAGACAUCCCAGAAUGCACGUCUGAAUGAAAUGAAGGCUGCUCUAGAGAAGGAAUACCAGGCUAAAAUGCAACAACAGCAAAAGAUUUUACAGCAGUUGCAGAGCACGAACAAUGAAUCGGAAAUUGCAACACUACGAGCUUCCCUCAGUGAGUCAGAAAUGCAAACAGCUGUGCUGAGACAAGAGCAUGAAGAAUUAACAAGGAGAUGUCAGCAGUAUGAAGAGCACAUUGCCGCUCUUGAUGAAAAGAGAGCAGGUGAAAAUGCCAGUAGAAAUACACAAAUCACAGAGCUGCAGGCACAGCUUGCAAGUGCUGAUGCCCAGAGAGCCCAAGCCUUGGCAGAGGCAUCUGCUGCGAGUGCUGAGCGAGAUGCCCUUACUGUGCAACUAGCAAAUGAAACCUCAAAAACUGCACAAACACAGCACAAACUUCAGGAAGCGGUACAGGAGAAAACAAAAGUGGAGUCACGAUUAGCCCAAAUAGAGGGUGAACUUUGUAGUGUACGACAGGUGGUGUUAGACCAGACUGCAGAAAUUGAACGCUUAAAAGAGGAAAAGGAGUCUUUGGCAUCUCAGAGUGUCCGUCCAGCAGCUGAGGGUCAAGAAAAUGGUGAUGUUCAUGCAGAGCAAACCCAAGGCCCAUCCACCGCCCACUUAGAAUCAUUAGUUAAGGAAAGAGAGAUCCAAAUAGAACAACAAAUAAGUGAGGUAUCAAACCUGAAGAAAGAGAUUGCAAGAUUAAAAGAAGAACUGGAUAAUCAGAAAGCAAAGAACAAUGAGUUACGAGAAAAGAACCACAAAGUCCUGGAGGCCUUAACAAGCACAGAGGAAAAAUUGAUGGCUAGACUCAAGCAGGUGGAUGAGGCAUCUGGUGAGGUGGAAGAAGAGAAGACGAAGGUUCGUGCCGUCCUUAGAAGAAUUUUCCCAGAGGUUGUUGUAGAUGACGCAUUGGCCCUUCCUGUUAGGAAAAAGACGUACCAGGUAACUUUUCUUAGUAAAGCUGUCCUAAACUGCUGAAAUUUAUUACUUGCU